AUGGCUAAAAUGAUUACACAAAAGAUGAAGCCUCUGAUGGAGAGUGUUAUAUCUGAGUCACAGAGUGCGUUUAUACCUGAUAGGCUCAUCACUGAUAAUAUCUUGAUAGCAGCGGAGGUUGGUCAUUAUCUGAGUAGGAAGCAGUGUGGGGUGGUAGGAUGGGGAGCUCUCAAGUUGGAUAUGGCAAAGGCCUAUGAUCGUAUGGAGUGGCCAUUUUUACAAGGAAUGUUAAAGGCCUUGGGCUUUGAUGAGAGAUGGAUAGAGCUUAUAAUGUUAUGUGUGACUACUGUGUCAUACAGGAUCUUGGCAAACCCACAGGAGGCUACUCAGGUGAAGAGUUGCUUGGCAACUUAUGAGAGAUUGUCUGGACAAAUGGUGAAUUACCACAAAUCUAGUAUCUGUUAUAGUAAGAACACAAGUCAGGAAUAUAAGGAUGUGGUGGCGCAUAUUUUAGGGGUAGACCAGGCUCCUAAUUUUGGCAAAUACUUGGGAUUGCCACCGUUUGUGGGGAGGAAUAAGAAGGCAGCCUUUGCAUAUAUUGAAGACAAAAUCUGA